UCUCGCACUCAGCGCGUGUGGAGAAGAGCGGCUCCGUUCGUUUCCUCGCGGAUGAUUGAGGGAUGAGAUUGCUUCACGGGGAACAGACAGUUCGGGAGGAGACACGAUAGUGAGAGAACCAAACCGAACCGAACCGUUCGUGUGAGCGCAAGGCGCGCGGGACGCCGGAGCGAUGGAUGAGCGCGCGCGAGGAAUCUCAGAUGUCCUGUGGACUGAUGGCCGCACCCUCCGUGACCUCAAUCCCACUCUACCAGCUUGAAUUGCCUUUCCUUGCUCACAUAAAAACUGUAGCUCCUUCAACGCUAGCACGCCACUCUAUUCCGAUUCGCUGGCAUCCUCUCUGUCUCAUGGUUCCCCUCUCCAUGGCCAGCUUUCUAAGCUCCGUGCUCUUCCUGGUGCUCCGGACGUACGCCGCCCCACCAGAGUACAUCCAGGUGUGGGCCAGUGGGACGACACCGAGCCCAGGAGAGUUUGGCAAUGAGAACGUCACUCCUUCUCUGGUUCCCCCUCCAGGAACGAGCAAGCACACCCCUGACAGCAUCAUCAUCGGCGUCCGGAAAGGAGGCACUAGAGCGCUGCUGGAGAUGCUGGAUAUUCAUCCUGAAGUGGCAGCUGCCGCCACUGAGGUUCACUUCUUCGACUGGGAUGAGAACUAUGCCAAAGGCUUUGAGUGGUACCGGGAGCAGAUGCCGUAUUCGUACCCUCAUCAGAUCAUUGUGGAAAAGACGCCGGGGUACUUCACAUCUCCGUUGGCGCCUGCACGGAUACACGCCAUGAACUCUUCCAUCAAACUCCUGUUAAUCUUGAGGGACCCAACUGAAAGAGUCAUCUCGGACUACACGCAGGUCUACUUCAACCGUCUGGAGAACCACAAGCCCGUACAGGCCAUCGAGCACAUGCUGGUAAAGAAUGGUGCGUUAAACACUCGCUACAAGGCAAUCCAGCGCAGUCUUUACGACGUCCACAUGAGGAACUGGCUCCAACACUUUCCCCUGGAGCAGAUUCACAUUGUGGAUGGGGACACUCUGAUUCAUGACCCUCUACUGGAGCUCCAGAGGGUCGAACGGUUCCUGGAUCUGCCACCUCGGAUCGUGGCAUCCAACUUCUACUUCAACCAGACCAAAGGCUUUUACUGCAUCCGCAGUGAUGGCCAGGAGAGAUGUCUGCAUGAGUCUAAAGGACGUCCGCACCCUCCCGUCAACCGCAGUGUGCUGAGACAGCUGCGCUCGUACUUGCGGCAACACAAUCUGAACUUCUACCGACUUAUAGGACGUACCUUUAACUGGCACUAGUGGGAGGGACCUUUGUAGAACUCUCUUCACAACCAUUUGACAGUGAUGUUGAGAACGGGCUGAUGGACGGACCUUUUCAAGCCAUUCCCCCAUCGACACUUCUCCUAAAUGCCUUCGAGAUGCUCCAGAGCCUUUCAUGACUUGCCAACUUAAAAUUGUAACAAUUAAGAUGAUAUUGAAACAGUGACUGUGGUGGGAAAGAUCUUUGCCGUCAAUUGUCUUUGUUGUAACAAAGUUACCUGAGACAGAGUGUAACAAAUUUGUUGAACGUAUUUGUUUUCUCUUUCUUUCUUUGUUUGAUAUUUUUGUUCUUGAUAAUAAAUGGUUCUGCUUCCAAAAAGGACCCUGAAUAUUUUCCUUAAGUCUGAUUUGUUGAAACCUGCUGUUUAGCAUACUUGUUUGUACAGUGCAGCCCAUAAAUCUUAUGGUAAUGUUUAAUGAACAUCUAUAUUUCUAUUUUACCUUAACCUAAUUAUUAUCAAAGGAGUUGUAGAUACGUUUAUGCAACAAGUGCAUAAACAUUUCUAACCCUAACGUAACCCUUGAUAAACAAACUGAGUCAUUCACCCAAAUAUGACAAAUCAUUUAGUUCAUUUUCAUUCCGAAAUUUUUCUUCCUCAAAAUAUUACC